UUCCGGUAUCGCUCUGACUUAUUCUAGCUAGCUUGAUGGAGGUCAUUAACAGCUGCCUGGUUGCUAGACGACUCAAUCUGCAACACUAAUGUGAAAACAGAAACCUCUGCAUGGACAUAAAACAACAUUUUCUCGGAUUUCAGGGAGAUAUGGACAACAGUGUGUAUCACCGCUUCACCGGGUUUUUCCGCGGAGAAACGGCAGUGUUGUGGACCCAUAUCCGAGUAGUAGUUUAGCUAACCUCUCAUGUUGUUCCGUGUUUUUACUACUAACGUUAGCUGGAGUGGCGAUUUUUGACCCGGGGGAAAAGAUGAAAAGAUUAACGAACACAAGGAGAAAGCCAAGUUUUGCCAACUUAACGUAACUGUUUGCUGUACUAGCUAUGUGUAGUGCGACUGCUAAGAUGUCUCUGGAGGCGAGUGAUGUUCAAACAGAUGAAGACUGUGAGGAGCUGGUUGAAGAUGGCUUCUCUUUCUCUGCUGAUUUUUUGGAAAAGAGAACAAGAAGGAAAAGAUCUUCUAGCAAGCCUCCUCCUUCUCCAAGGUCUCCAUACCUCUCCAGUCUGAAUGUGAACCAGAGAAGAGCAGCAGUGGCGGCCUGGAGAUUGCCAAGGGCGUCCCUUGGGGACACCAGAGGGGACUCUCUUGGGGAGAGUGGCUCAGCUCGCCUCACAUCCCUCAGCAACGGUCACGAUGUGUCCCAGACGCUGAGAUCAGAGUGCGAUGUCACACCAGAGCUUCUCAAGCAGACUUUGAGCAUGAGGAAACACAAACAUCUCCACUCUGGAUCCAAUGGCUUCACCCUCAGCACAGGUGACUUCAGAGACAAAGAGGACAUGUACGAUGAGAUUAUUCGCCUCAAAAAGAGUCUCCAGGCACAGAAGUCUGACAACCACCAAAUGAAAGCCAAAUUACGCCGCCUGGAGGAAGAUAACGCUAAAAGAGAGAAACAGAUAGAAGAACUGUUGGAACCCACUAAAGGAUCUGAAUAUACUCGUAGUUUGGUGGAUAAGAAAAAAGAAGGCAGUGUGGUUCUCAACGGGCUGAAACAGAGAAUCCUGAAGCUGGAGCAGCAGUGUAGAGAGAAAGAAAAUGCUCUGAGCAAACUACAAAGUGAACUGAGGACCACAAACCUGGAGGAGCUCAAGAUCACAGUAGAAACCUAUUUUGACGAGAUCCAGAGGCUGAGGGUGCUACUUGAAGCUGCAGAGAAAAGUAGUCGAGCAGAGAGUAAAUGCUCCCAGAGGCAGCAGAAGGUUUUAAGCUCCACAGUUCAUCGUCUGUCUGAGAACCUGAAGCAGGUCCAACAGGAGAACACAACGCUCCGAGAGGAGCUCAACACUGACAGUCCUGCAGGAGGACUCAAAGGUUACAGAGAGUGGAGCAAACAGAGACUGCUGAGAAGGCUGUUGGAAGUGGAGAAGAGGCUGGAGGACAGCAGGAGACACGCCCAGUCAGCGAAACGCAGCGGCCGAUUGGACAAGGAGGUCCAGGACACGCCCACGGAGAUUCUGGGGUUUACCAUGGCAACAGAGGCAGUGGUCUCCGUGGGAACUAUCACCGAGGGAGGGGAGGAGGUGUCUGAUGUGAGGGAACGCCUCGGCCAAUUAGAGAAGGAGAAGACGGAGCUGCAGGAGACGCUGUCAAGUAAAGAUGAUGAAUUGAGACGGUUGAGGACAGAAAGAGAAGAACUGGAGACAGAGACAGAACGAUGGAAAGCUGAGCAGACAAAUGAACAGGACAAAGAGAGACAGCAGCAUAAACAGGAGUUGGACCAGCUGUGGGCGAGGGUCCACACUCUGGAAGACAGAAGUAACUCUGCACAAGCUGAGCUCUUCUCUCUCUCUGCCACAUCGCCAGAGGACUAUGAGGACACUCAGGCUGGAGCAGCUGUGGAAGAGAGUGAAGAGAGGGACACUGAAGGUAAAGAAGAGACGGCAGGGGAAGGAGAUGAAGAAGUGCGUACAGACGCAGAGAAGGAAGAAAGAGAGAGAGCAACGUUGGUAAUACAGAAAAACUGGAGGGAGCACAGAAACAGGGACACAGUGAUGUUGCAGUCAGCAUUAAGAGGCCAUCUAUACAGAGAGGCACAGCUCACAGACCUGCUGACAGACACUCAGAAUAAGGCUGUAGAAUCAGCAAACCGCAGUGAUGUUGCAUCCUCCGUAGAAGGAGAGCUGGAUGUUGUUGCCUUGACGACAAUACAGUCUGCAUUCAGGGGACACCUGGCUCGCUGUAGUCAUGCAAUAGAGAGCUCAGGGUUCUCUGUGCCUUCUGUAACGGGAAACAAUUUGCCCACGCUGGUACCGAGACGAUCACGCUCAACACACACACCCAGCAGAAAAGGUGCUGCAUCCCCUCAUAAAGCUGAUGAAAAGCAGGCUGAGGUAGAAGAGCCCUGGCUUGUCUCCAGCACUCAGUCCUCCAGGAUGACACCCACAACAGACCAAACUGAGCUCCACUGCACAGCUGAGUCUGGUGGAGCCAUUGCAGUUGACUCUGAUGACUCUGAUGACAUCAUUGUAUCUCCGUCACGUCCUCUGAGAAGCAGAGAAGUCUUAAUCUUAUAGACCUCUGAGGUUAUGUGUGUGUCUUUGUGUGUGUGUUUGUGUGUGUGUGUGUGUGAGAGAGAAUGUGCAGGAAGGAUUUCUGCUCAGAGCCUGUAUGUGAAAGACUUGCACAGUCAUACAAACCAAAUCUUUAAGCUUUGGGUUCUUACUGAACCUGCAAAUAGUAGCUGGGAUAGUUUGUCAGGGUAACAUUGAACGUACACAAUAUUUGCUGUCUUCAAAGCGCUUUCUUUCACAACAGUAAUAACCAGAAUAUUCUGGGAGGUUGGCUGCAGGUUUAUGACAUGAAGUUAAUAGGCACAUAAACACCUUACUUUGAUCAUGAACUUAACUACGAUUCUGUCAUAAUACAAUAUGUCGAUGCAUCCCAGUGUUGAUGUGAGGUUAUAGGAUAUCUCUUUUAGUGUAGGAAAAAGCACUCACAUGAACAUGAAAUCCCCUUUAAUUUCCAUUGUUUUUUUCAUUUGAGCCAAAUAGUCAUUUUUAACCAGUUUUCUGUUUUCUCAGUAGUUGUUUUGUUUGCCAAAGUGCCUACUGUAUAGUCAUUCAAAGUAGAGUAAUAAAGGUAUUCAUUUUUCUUAACCUUGCUGGCUCAAGAGGGCCACAUCACAGUAAAUCCUCUGGAUAUCACAACCUUGAAAUAAUUAAUUAAUCAUCAUUCCACAUGCCUGAUUUGUAUCACACAACCGUCCUUACACUAAUCCAUCAUGUGCGCUUAAUAAAUUAUGGCUGAUUCUGAGGUAUGCUUGAGGGCUGAUUCUCAACUGAUGCACUAUUGAUUCAAACUGUGAAUAAAUUAUAGAUCAGUCUGCUGCAAUACUAAACACAGUCAGUACAGUGGAGGAUACACAGGGAGUAAUGCCAAUAAUGCUCAGAAAAAGACUUAUGAUAAACUAUAGGGUGGCCAACAGAGAGAAUGGAUAGAGUGCAGUUUUCCCCACAUGAUGUGUUUAACUUAAUUUCUGACAUUCAAUAAAAUGCAGUUUUUAUAAUGAAACUUCUCAUGUCUGAUUUAGUUCUUUCUGCUAUCUUUACUCAAAUGUCAUACACAAGACUGUACUUGUGCAAAAUAAACAUGUUACUUUUCAUACA